GGGCAUCUUUGUUGGCUCAUGCGUCCAAUCGGUAUAGAAGCUACCGGACACGCUUCGGAUGCUAUGGCAGAGCAAGUGACCAGAGGAGCCUUCAGGCCAACUGGCGCGCUGUUUUUGGAUGGUACAGCCCUAAACGGACAGCAGCGCACUCAAGAUGGGUUUGUAGUGCCAAUUGCGUAUGCCUGGUCGCCAGGUCAUGAUGUCGAGCGUGCAACCGACCGCGGCAAUGGCUCAAUCUCCAAAUCCGUACACACGCAUGAGUAUGGACUCCCCAUGCGGCUCACCAUCUUCAAUGGCGACGCAGGUGGAGCUUCUGGUGCAGACCCGCCGCUCCUUCCUUGAAGCCGUCGAGGUGAACCACAGCACUGCAGAAGUGAAGCGCAGGGCAUCCUGCCCGGCCUUCUCGCGGGUCACGUGGUCAGUCGCAGGAUCCAGGCAAUGGCGCAUGGUACUUGAUAUCCACUGCGCCUCAAGCACGCCGUUCCCAGGCUACCGAGAUCUGCCAUCACUGGCGCAUGUCGCAACAUGGGGAACCCUCUCUGGCAGCUGGGGCUUGCCUCCAGACAACCCUUUGUGGCAUUAUGCCCAAGGGGUGCUGGUACAGGGCAUGCCGAGGAAAUGCAAGCCCACAGACGUGUCCGCCAUGCUGGACAAGUUUGUAAACAAUACUGACAUAAGGAUUUCCCACAUGUUGGAGAUGCCAAUGAAUAGAGAUGGCACCUCCAGAGGCUUUGCUUUUGUGCACGCCCGCGCAGUGGCAGCAAAGGAUAUCGCAACAGCCUUUUAUGGACGGCGUUUGCGAAAGAACUCUUGGCGUGUUUGCUCUGUACAGCCCACAAAUCUUCCCGAGAUCCUGAGCAUUUUUUCGCGGGAGACAUGAGCUGGUCUGUUCACUUGGUCAAUCAGCUCGUUUGACUUGAUGUCAUAGACAUUCCAAAUCCUGCUGCCAC